AUUUGUGUAUUUACAUGUUUUUUUAGGUGAUUAUGUUGAUAGAGGAUCAUUUUCAAUAGAAGUAGUGGUUUUAUUGUAUGCAAUGAAGAUAUAUUAUCCUACAAGAGUGUUCCUUCUUAGAGGAAAUCAUGAGUGCAAAUAAUUAACAAGUUACUUCAAUUUUAGAGAUGAAUGUUUAUAUAAAUAUGACCAAGAAGUCUAUGAAGCCAUUAUGGCAUCUUUCGACAAUAUGCCUUUAGUGGCUUUAAUAAAUAACAAAUUCUUAUGUUUACAUGGAGGGAUAUCUCCAGAUCUAAAAUCAGUAAAAAUAGAAUAAAAUAUAAUGAGUUAGCAGAUGUUGAAAGAAUAGAUAGAUUCAGAGAACCACCAAAGGCAGGAUUGUUUUGUGAUAUAUUAUGGGCCGACCCAGUUGAAAAUGAAGAACUUUAUGAUGAAAUUCAUUAUAGAGGCAAUGAUACUAGAGGAUGCAGUUGGUUUUUUGGAGAAAAAGCAGUCUAACCAUUUUUAGAUAAUAAUAAGUUUAUCUGUUUAAUAAGAGCUCAUGAAGCUUAAUUAGAAGGGUAUAGAUUGUACAAAUACAAUGAAAAAAUAAAAGAAUUUCCUCAAGUAUUGACUAUAUUUAGUGCUCCUAAUUAUUGUGAUGUCUAUAAUAAUAAGGCAGCUAUCUUAAAAUUUGAAAAUUGUACACUUAACAUAUCUCAAUUUGGUUAUUCUUAACAUCCUUAUUUAUUACCUCAUUUUCUUGAUAUUUUUUCAUGGUCAAUACCAUUUGUUACUGAAAAAGUAACAGAAAUGCUUAAUUAUGUAUUAUAACCAAGACCUGGUGAGAAGAUUGAAGAUUCAGAUAAGGAAAUACAAAAUACUAAGGUGAUUUCAAAUUAAUAAACAUUGGGAUAACAAUCAUCAAACAAUCGUCCAUUAGGCAAAUUACAAUAAAUGACAUAAAAAUAAAUUGAUAUAACCAAAUCAAAAAUCUCAUUUGUUUCCAAAAUGAUGAAAAUGCAAACUGUACUCAGGUAAGAAAGAGAAAAUAUAAUAAAACUAAAAGGCUUAUGUCCUGAUAAACGUAUUCCUAGAGGAGUCUUAUUAUAAGGAGCUGAGGGAAUAAAAGAUGCACUUGAACAUUUCAAUACAACUAGGGCUGCAGAUAGAAUCAAUGAAAAAUGGCCAGAAACUAAAUGA